AUGUUAUUGUUUAUAAAUCCGCUACUCAUAUCAAGUUUAAAUAAUGGUUUAGCUUUAACUCCUCCAAUGGGUUGGUCUACUUGGAAUGUUUUUUAUUGUGAUUAUACUGAAGUAGACCUCAUGCAAAUAGCUGAUAUGUUGGUUGCCACAGGUAUGUUGUCUGCAGGAUAUAAGUAUUUGAAUAUUGAUGAUUGUUGGGAAGCUUCUUCUCGUGAUCCAACCAGUGGAAUGUUACAGUAUAAUGAAACAAAAUUCCCACACGGUAUGGCAGCAUUAGCCGAUUAUAUUCAUUCAAAAGGGUUAUUAUUUGGAAUUUAUUCGAGUUCUGGUGAAUUGACAUGCCAAAAAUAUCCUGGGUCUUGGCAACAUGAAUAUCUUGAUGCAGCAUUAUUCUCGAGUUGGAAUGUUGACUUUUUAAAAUUAGAUUGUUGUUAUCAAGAUAAUAUUAAAGAUCGAGCUACAGCGUUUACACGUUGGUCAGCAGCAUUAUCCGUACAAAAUCGUUCGAUUCUUUACAGUUGUGAUACUGAUGAAUUAAUAUUAAAUGAAAACAAUUUAGAAUUUCCAUUUCAAUGGGCUCCUGAUUAUUGUAAUAUGGCUCGAAUAUCUUGGGAUAUCUAUGAUAAAUGGGAAUCAACAUUGAGUAUACUAGAUCGUGCAGCAAACAUCUAUUAUGCUUCACGACCAGGCUAUUGGAAUGACUUAGAUAUUUUAACAGUUGGCUUAGGUCAACAGACACUCGAAGAAUAUACUUCACAAUUCUCGCUAUGGGCAAUCAUAAGUUCACCUCUGAUUGCUGGAAAUGAUUUAAGAAAAAUGACAAAAGAAAUCAUAAAUAUUUUAACGAAUACCGAAGUUAUUGCAAUCAAUCAAGAUAAAUUAGGUCGAUCAGGUAAUAUGAUUCGACGUGCAUUCGAUGGAUCCUAUGAAGUCUGGGCAAAGCCGCUUUAUUAUGAACAUACACCGCAGUUUUAUAAUAUCGAUAGUGCACCACAUUUUAAUCCUUUGCCUUUUCAUGCAGUUGUCUUAUUAAAUCGAUUGAAUACUACAGCUAAUAUCACAUUCAACUUUGACGAUUUAUUCGAUCAUUAUCUAUGUCCUCAUCCACCUACUCCAAUCUGGACAGUUUCCAUUCGAGAUCUUUGGCUUCAUCAAAAUUUAGGAACAUUUGUUGAAACUUGGACAACUACCAAUGUACCAGCACAUGGCGUUAGAAUGAUUACAGUUUUAUUGACGAAUACGACAAUUUCUCAUAAUCGAUAUAUUUCUUAA